AAGAGUGUGUGUGAGUGCACAUUUCGGUAAAUAAUAAUAAUAAUUAAAAAAAAAAACAAGAGAAAAAGUUGUUAAGGUUUAUUCUCAUAAGAAAAAGGAGGGAAACUUUUUUAUUAUUAUUUUUUUUUCUUUUCUUUUUUUUUUUUUUCCCCUGGCGGAAUAAAGGCAGGAUGUCUGUAAAUGAUCAUCUCGAGGGGAUAUUGUCGGAUUUUGAGGCCUUGAAGAGGUCCUUUGACAUUGAUGACACGGACGAGAUCCCCACAUUUUCUCCAGCCUCUACAGUUACAUCUCCCAUCAGCCCAAGCUCAAUCCUUAACAAGGCUAAUGAAGCGCGGAGUCCAGGUGGUCUCAUGUCUCCCACUUACCGCUCGAGGAUCAGUCUAAGCACUAGUCCUGCUCAGAGCCCGCCCAUAAAGAAUAGGAUGGUGUCUAGUCUGUCCUUCAAUCGAGGCACCAUGGGAAAGCCCACUAUCACCUCUAACACUGGAAUCAACCGUGCAUCCUCCUUCCAGAACAAAUUCAACCCCAAUGGCUUUAAUUCAUCCAUCCACGGGCCUGGUAGCGAUAACGACAGCCUUCACAGUUCUUCUUCUAGCCUGGAGUACCAAGCAUCUUCUAAAAUGAGCUCCUACACAAGUCCUUCACAGAGCCCCAUGGGAGUGGUUGAGUACAAGGUCCAGCGUUUGGGCAGCCCUGCCUUGAAGAAGUUCUCCUCCCAUGGGAAUGUGUUCCAUUCAGAGCUGGAGGGUCCUCUGGUGAUCCCCACAGAGCAAUUAAGUAUAAGCCAUGGCUCCAUGCCAUCACUGGAUCUCCAGAUGGCAGAGAGUGGAGGAACGAGACGUGUAGUGUCCCCGGGAACAAGAUAUCCCAGUUCUGCUGUUACCUGGAAUGCAUAUCGUCUCCAGAACAAUGGCCAUGUCGGAAAAGAUCCGUCCAUCAACAACCAGCCCCCCAAAACCAAAGAGCUUGCACGACUCAAUAAAUUCCCUCUUGAUCUCGACAACAUUGUGGUCAAAAAACAGACAGAAGGCCCUGUGACACCUAAACCUCCGGCGGGGUUUCACCCAGUCUCCACCAGCCCUACUAUAUCUGAAAGCACCUCUGCCUCUGUUAGUAGCUUAGACAGUGCAGAUCUAUCCAUGGUUCACACCUCCACCAUGGAGAAAAGAGAGCUGGACUCCCCGUCAGCAGCCAUCCCAGUGCCAAACAUAAGUGAGUCCCCUGUCCUGCUGUCCCCUGCCCAGACCCCUCGCUUUAACCUGGUCUCUCAGCCUCAAAUGGUCCAGAUUGCUCCGGCAACAUCUCCUGCUCCCACACAGGUGAACACUGUCAGUAGUCCUCCACAAAAUGAGCCUCCGACCAAAGACAGUGUGGGUUCCAUUCUCCAGAGGAUUGCCUCUUUCUCCAAAGUGGAGGUUAAAGCACCCAAGCCCCACCCAGGCUCUGUCACCUCCCUCAGCAAUGGCAUCAAGGGUAUUAAGAGAGAGACCAUGGCAGUACAAUCCAAAGAGCUCAAGAAAUCAGAAGUCCCCCAGUUUGAUCCCGCCCUGAGGCUGAUCCCGAGUAACCCUCACACAAGCGCCCACUCAUCAGGGAACAAAGAGACGGUGCAGGAGCUGGACCUGGAGCUGGAACAGCCCGUCCGGAUGGAGGAGGAGACGGGGGUAGAGCUCCAGGUGGAGGAGGAACAUGAGGUUAAGAAGGAGAGCCCUUGCGUCGUUGGGCCCAACACGCAGGGCGUCAUCAGAGGCAGUGACCUCUUCGGCUACGUAGGCAUCGAGGCCGUACUCGAUCAGAUGAAACGCAAGACCAUGAAGUCUGCCUUUGAGUUCAACAUCAUGGUGGUCGGUCAAAGCGGCCUGGGAAAAUCGACACUGGUGAACACGCUGUUUAAAUCCAAGGUCAGCCGUAAGUCGUGCACUCCCAAUUACGAGGAGAAGAUCGCCAAGACCGUCCACCUGCAAUCAAUCAGCCACAUCAUCGAAGAACGGGGAGUGAAAAUGAGGCUCACGGUUAUCGACACGCCCGGAUUCGGAGACCAGAUCAACAACGAGAACUGCUGGGAGCCCAUCAUUACGUACAUCAAUGAGCAGUACGAGAAAUACCUGAAGGAAGAGCUACACGUCAACAGGAAGCGAAGGAUCCCAGACACUCGCGUCCAUUGCUGCGUCUACUUCCUGCCAGCCACAGGCCACCGGUUGCGCCCAAUCGAUGUGGAGUUCAUGAAGAGGUUGGGGAAGAUCGUCAGCAUCGUACCUGUGAUCGCCAAAGCCGACACGCUAACCAUGGACGAGAGGCUAGAGUUCAAGCAAAGGAUAAGACAGGAUCUUCUGAGCCACGGUAUUCGCGUGUACCCGCAGAAGGAAUACGACGAGGACGCUGAGGAUCGGAUACUCAACGACAAGAUCAGGGAAAACAUCCCAUUUGCGGUUGUAGGAACAGAUAAAGAGCACCAGGUGAAUGGCAACAAGGUCUUGGGUCGGAAAACCAAAUGGGGAAUCAUUGAAGUCGAAAAUGUCGAGCAUUGUGAGUUUGCCAACUUGAGAGACCUUCUGAUUAGGUCCCACCUUCAAGACCUGAAGGACGUCACUCACUACAUCCACUACGAGACAUACCGGGUGCGGCGGCUGAACGAGAGCAACGCCAGCGGGCUCGGAUUCUCCGUUCACACUCUGGAGAACGGUACAGCAGAGAAGAACGACGCAGAGAGCCAGCUUUAAACACACACACACACACACACACACACACCCCAAUCCUGCGUAGAUGAUGAUGGCAAGAUGAUCACAAAAGAUUUCUUCUAGAUGUAAAGACGUAAAGACUUUUCUGCAUUUAAACGUCAUAUAUGAGUCUAUUUUUUAAGAGGAGUCUAUAUUGUGGGUGGGAUGUUUUUUUUUGGGGGGGGGGGUAUAAAAAGCCUUAGAAAAUGUUGAUGAUAAUAAUGAUGAUGAUGAUGAGGAAGUACAAUAGAAGUGACAGGCGUGUAGGAAGAGGGACAUUCCUCUUUCCUCAUGCUGAGGAUUUCAGUCCCUUUAAUUUCUCUUGUGUUUUAAAAGAAAAGUAAAAUUAGACAAACUAUUUUUGUUACCGUGCUUGCUUUUGAAAAGUUUCCUUUUCUUUGUUGUUGUUGUUGUUGUUGUAAUUUUCUAACAGAGCUAUUUUAAAUGAAAAGAAAGCAAUAUCACCAAAUGUUUUUAUUUUUAAUCUUCAGUUUUUUUUUCUAUCAGUCUCAACAGUUCUUCAAUAAUGAAAAAAAAAAUCAUUUGAAAUACAGCUAAAAGAAAAAAACAAACAUUACACCAGUAAUUAUGUGCUCACCGUUUUUUUUUUCAUCAAAGGUACACAUUUUUAUACACACUGUCUGUUAUUGUGACUUUUUUAUUUUUAUUACAUGAAAGCUACUGUACAUACUCAUGUUGUUUUUUUUCUAUCAUUUUGUUUUAAUAAUAACGCAACAUGUACUAACAGCUCCGUCAUGUCCUCGUUACAUAUAAUAAUAUUCAUGUUAAACGCCAUUGAUUUACGAUUAAAAGAUUGUCACUGUUGA